UUUUACCCAUCGCAUCUAUGUCAAAGAGAUACUAAUGACAUUUUGCGAAGAUGUUAUUUAUAAAUUUGGUUAAAAAUAUAAAAGCCUAGAAACGGAAAAUAGAAUAGUAUCUAAUCGGCAUAAAUCUCGCUUGAGGCUUAACGUUUCGUUUGAUUUGAAUAACACGAUUAUUGUAAUCAUUUAACAUUUUGUUGUUUAUUGCAUUUUUACCCUUGAUCAAACGUACGUGCAGAUUCUUAUAUUCAUUAUGGUGACCGGGGUGAACUAAGCGCGUGCGAAAAUUUAUUGAAAUUAUUCAGUGCAUUACUAAGUAAGACAAUUGAUUUCAAAGACCAAAUAUACAGAUAAUAAUAAAUAUCAGUUUUUAGAAAAAUGGUGGCAUUUAUUCAGUCUGUGGAAGAAUUUGAAAAAUGUUUGAGUGAGCAAGUUUCUGUGGUGUUAUUUAGCGAUGACUUUGCUGAGCAAUGCAAAGUUAUUAAAGAAGGAUUAGUCGAAUUAUCCAAAAGAAAAGAACUGUCGAAUGUGAAGUUCUUUGAACUACAUGCAGAAUCAUUAGCAAAAAUAUCUUUGCAAUAUAAAGUAGAUGCUGUACCUACCACAUUAAUCUUCAAAAAUAAACAACAAAUUGACCGAGUCGAUGGUGCAAAUAUUGCUGAGGUUAGCACAAAGGUACUUAAGCAUGGAAGUUCAUUGGGGACAGGAGGAGGUGGUGAAGAUAUUGAGAAAAGGCUUAAAUCAUUAAUAAACCAACAUAAAGUAAUGGUGUUUAUGAAAGGCGAUAGGACCACACCAAGGUGUGGUUUUAGCAAAACUCUAAUUGGAAUAAUGAAUGAUUCAGGAGUGGAAUAUGGAACUUUUGAUAUAUUAACUGAUGAGGUUGUUAGACAGGAACUGAAGACUUUCUCAGACUGGCCUACAUAUCCUCAACUUUAUGUCAAUGGGGAACUUAUUGGGGGCUUAGAUAUUGUGAAAGAGCUGGUUCAGAACAAUGAAUUCAAAGAUGUUUUGAAAGGAUAAAGCAGAAUUUAUAGUUAUCGUU